AUGUCCAAGGGACAGUUGAAACCCGUCCAGAAGAGCACGAGCACACACGCAGUUAAGAAGUUAUUUCGUGUGAAUNAUCUCGACUUGGGGGGAAAGAUGAAAACCAGGAGCAUUGGUGGCAACUGGUACACACUGAUUAUCAGAGACGAUUUUUCCCGUUGGACGCGUGUUUUCUUCUUGAAACACACGUCUGACGCAGCGGUUGGGUUUGAGAAGUUCCUGGCGGACUACCGAACGAAAGGAGUUCCGUGUGAGGUUUAUAUCGCACGUACCGACGGUGGUGGCGAGUUCCAGGGGCAGUUUGCGGAAGUUUGCCGCAGACACGGCAUCAAACAAGAGUUCACCUCCCUUCACACCCCAAAAUACAACGGUGCAGCGGAAAGAGCGCUAGGGUUGAUCACUGGUGCCGCGCUUGCGUCACGCAUCCAAGCGACGCAACUUUUCCCGGACGCACAAAACCACCCCGGGUUGUGGGCCGAGGCCAUUUCGUGUGCAUGCCAUCAGCUGAACUGCACCGCCACUAAAUCAAACGAGGGAGACAAAUCCGCCUACGAGAUGUUCCACGACUCCCCACCGCCUGUCAGGUCUACAUACCCGUUUCUCAAACCAGCCGUGUUCAAGUCGAGAAGAAAAGCAAAGUCGCAAAUCAAGGGCGAAAAAGGAUGGUACCUUGGUCCUGCCUACAAUCACCCCCGUGACUGCGUUCGCAUGCUAACCGAAGCUGGAACCGUAAUCAUCACCCGCAAUUUCACCUGGCGCCACGUGCCCACUGCAUCGCCCGCUCCCCCGCAGCUGCUACCUCUCGCAGAUGACGAGGAGGGCGGGGAGGGCGAGAGCAGAGCGGAUGCAUCACGCCAAGGUUGGGGGGGGGAGAGAGACUCAGAGAGUGAGUCCGACCUCGACGGUGAGGGGCGGCUUCCGGCCGAAGAACGCCUCGAACGGCGACAUCCAGCCCAGGCUGGCCUUCGUCGCGGAGCGGUUCAAGCAGGCGGAUGCCCACAGCGCCGACGCGAGCCACAGGCGAUGUCCGCUGACGCCGACGUUGGGGAUGGAGGAGAGGUCGACGUGGCCCAUGGCGAGGAUGUGGCGGCG